CACCGCACAGUUGAAUACCGCCUGUUCCUCUCCUUACUGGCCUCCUCACAGUCACAAACCCUGGAUUGUCACUCCGCUGGCUCUCGCUAUCGCUCAGCGGAACGAGGGGAGAGUGGAGCCGCCGUCAUGUUGUCGUAGCUGGUCCUCGGAGAGCCGAACAUCCGAGCGUUCAACCGCCGCCGAGGUGUUCCUUAGUAAGCUUCCAACAUGUCGGAUAAAAUGUCCAGCUUCCUGCACAUCGGUGAUAUCUGCUCCCUGUAUGCAGAGGGGUCAACCAGUGGUUUCAUCAGCACUCUGGGUUUGGUGGAUGACCGCUGCGUGGUCCAGCCUGAUGCCGGAGACCUCAACACCCCUCCAAAGAAGUUCAGAGACUGUCUCUUCAGACUGUGUCCCAUGAACCGCUACUCGGCUCAAAAGCAAUUCUGGAAAGCCGCCAAGCCUGGAGGGAACACAGACACGGUGCUCCUCAACAAGCUCCAUCAUGCAGCUGACCUGGAGAAGAAACAAAAUGACUCAGAAAACAAGAAGUUGCUUGGAACAGUAAUUCAGUACGGGAAUGUUAUUCAGCUCCUCCACCUAAAGAGCAACAAAUACCUGACAGUGAACAAGCGCUUGCCGGCACUCUUGGAGAAGAACGCCAUGAGGGUGAUGCUGGACCCUGCAGGAAAUGAAGGCUCCUGGUUCUACAUCCAGCCCUUCUACAAGCUGCGCUCCAUCGGGGACAGUGUGGUGAUUGGUGACAAAGUGGUUUUGAACCCGGUGAACGCAGGCCAGCCACUCCACGCCAGUACACACCAGCUCGUGGAUAACCCCGGAUGCAAUGAGGUGAAUUCAGUCAACUGUAACACAAGCUGGAAGAUCGUCUUGUUCAUGAAAUGGAGCGACAAUCAGGAGAUCGUCUUAAAAGGGGGUGACGUGGUACGCUUGUUUCAUGCGGAGCAGGAAAAAUUCCUCACAUGUGAUGAUCACAGAAAAAAACAAUACGUGUUUCUUCGCACCACUGGACGGCAGUCAGCUACCUCAGCAACUAGCAGCAAAGCCCUCUGGGAAAUAGAGGUCGUACAACAUGAUCCCUGCCGAGGAGGAGCAGGCUACUGGAACAGCCUUUUCAGGUUUAAACAUUUGGCCACUGGACAUUAUCUUGCCGCAGAGGUGAAUCCUGAAUAUGAAGAGGAGGGUUUAGAGUCCCGCGCCUCACUGGAUUCGGAACAAGAGGCCUUGCGGGUCCGUUUGAGAAAUGUACAGGAUAAAGUCAUGUACACACUUGUCUCCGUCCCUGAUGGAAAUGACAUUUCUUCGAUAUUUGAACUGGACCCGACCACCUUAAGAGGAGGAGAUUCACUCGUACCCAGGAACUCAUACGUACGCCUCAGACACCUGUGCACCAACACAUGGGCUCACAGCACCAACCAACCCAUUGAUAAAGAGGAGGAAAAACCUGUCAUGCUGCGUAUUGGCACGUCUACGUUGAAAGAAGACAAAGAGGCCUUUGCCAUUGUGCCCGUCUCCCCAGCUGAAGUGCGAGACCUUGACUUUGCCAACGAUGCCAGUAAAGUGCUGGCCUGUAUUGCGGGAAAGCUCGAAAAAGGCACCAUCACACAGAAUGAGAGAAGAGCAGUUACAAAACUUCUAGAAGACCUGGUCUUCUUUGUGGUUGACAUUCCCAACAAUGGCCAGGAUGUUCUUGAGAUUACAGUCAACAAACCAAACAGAGAAAGGCAGAAACUCAUGAGAGAACAGAAUAUUCUUAAACAGAUCUUCAAGCUUCUUCAGGCCCCCUUUACUGACAGCGGUGAUGGCCCAAUGCUUCGAUUAGAGGAGCUCGCCGACCAGCGCCAUGCCCCCUUCAGACACAUCUGCAGACUGUGUUACCGGGUUUUGCGUCACUCCCAACAGGACUACCGCAAGAACCAGGAGUACAUUGCCAAGCAAUUUCGCUUCAUGCAGAAACAAAUUGGUUAUGAUGUUCUGGCAGAAGACACUAUCACAGCUCUCCUCCAUAACAACCGCAAGUUACUGGAGAAGCACAUUACUGCUGCGGAGAUUGACACCUUCGUCAGCCUGGUCCGCAAGAACCGUGAGCCCAGGUUCUUGGACUACUUGUCGGACCUGUGUGUGUCCAUGAACAAGUCCAUUCCUGUGACGCAGGAGCUGAUUUGCAAUGCUGUGCUGGAUCCAGCUAACGCAGAUAUCCUAAUUGAAACGAAACUCGUGCUGUCGAGAUUCGAGAUUGAAGGGGAAGCGCUUGGGGACAACUCUGAGGAGUCGGAAGAAGAUGAGGAGGAGGUGUGGUUGUUCUGGAAGGACAGCAAUAAAGAGAUCCGCAGUAAAAGCAUCAGGGAGUUGGCCCAGGAUGCGAAGGACGGUCAAAAGGAGGACCAGGAGGUGAUCAGUUAUUAUAGGUAUCAGCUGAACCUAUUUGCCAGGAUGUGUUUGGACAGGCAGUACCUGGCGAUUAACAAGAUCUCUGGCCAGCUAGAUGUAGACUUGAUCUUGCGCUGCAUGUCGGACGAAGACUUGCCUUACGAUCUGCGGGCCUCGUUUUGCCGCAUGAUGCUGCACAUGCACGUAGACCGGGACCCCCAGGAGCAGGUUACGCCCGUCAAAUACGCCCGACUGUGGUCAGAGAUCCCAUCUGAAAUUGAUAUUGACGAUUAUGACAAUGACGGAACAUCGAAAGAUGAAAUUAAGGAGCGCUUCUCACAGACUAUGGAGUUUGUUGAGAACUACCUCAGAGAUGUGGUUUGUCAGAGCUUUCCUUUUGCCGAUAAAGAAAAGAAUAAGCUCACCUUUGAGGUGGUAAAUUUGUCUCGGAAUCUCAUUUACUUUGGCUUUUACAACUUCAGUGACUUACUGAGACUCACCAAGAUCCUGCUAGCUAUUCUAGACUGUGUCCACGUAAGCACAAUGUUCCCUUUCAACAAGCUGGAAAAGGGAGAUGAGAGCAAAGGUAGCAAUGUGAUGAGGUCCAUUCAUGGUGUUGGGGAGCUGAUGUCACAGGUCGUCCUUCGGGGUGGUGGCUUUUUGCCCACAGCAUCGAGUAGCAGCUCCAAUGGAAACAAUACCAAGGCUCAGACUGAACCGGAGAAACAGGACAUUUUGGUCAUGGACACCAAGCUGAAGAUCAUUGAGAUCCUGCAGUUCAUACUAAAUGUCCGCCUGGACUAUAGGAUCUCCUGUCUGCUGUCCAUCUUUAAGAGAGAGUUUGACGAGAGCAACUCCCAAAGUGAAUUAUCUGUAACUGGAACAGUAGAAGGUCCAAACAAUAUGCCGGGAGCAUUGGAUUUUGAACACAUAGAAGAGCAGGCAGAAGGGAUAUUCGGUGGAAGUGAGGAGAACACCCCCUUGGACCUGGACGAUCAUGGCGGACGGACUUUCCUGAGAGUCCUUCUCCACUUGACCAUGCACGACUAUCCCCCUCUGGUUUCCAGGGCCCUCCAACUGCUCUUUCGGCACUUCAGUCAAAGGCAGGAGGUUCUUCAGGCAUUUAAGCAGGUCCAGUUGCUCGUCACCAGCCAAGACGUGGACAAUUACAAACAAAUUAAGUUCGACCUGGACCAACUGCGCUCCAUCGUGGAGAAGUCUGAGCUGUGGGUAUACAAAAGGCAGGGUCCAGAUGAGGUGUUGGAUACAGGAGAGGGGCUGUCCCCUGAGUCUGAGCAUAAAAAGGGGGAGUCUGGAGGAGCCGAAAAACCAAACAAACCAGAGAGCACCAGCAGUUACAACUACAGGGUGGUAAAAGAGGUCCUCCUACGUCUCUGCAGGCUUUGUGUCCAGGAGGGCCAGUCAGGUAGGAAGAGCAGGAAGCAGCAACAGAGGUUACUGCGGAACAUGGGGGCUCAUGCUGUCGUCCUUGAGCUUCUACAGAUCCCGUAUGAGAAGGGUGAAGAUUUACGCAUGCAGGAUAUCAUGAGAUUAGCUCAUCAGUUCCUACAAAACUUCUGCGCAGGGAACCAGCAGAACCAAGCUCUGCUUCACAAGCACAUUAAUCUUUUCCUCAAUCCUGGGAUUUUGGAAGCCAUCACCAUGCAGCAUAUUUUCAUGAAUAAUUUCCAGCUGUGCAGUGAAAUCAAUGAGCGUGUGGUUCAACACUUUGUCCACUGCAUUGAGACACACGGACGCAAUGUCCAGUAUCUCAAAUUUCUGCAGACUAUCGUCAAAGCAGAGAAUAAAUUCAUCAAAAAGUGUCAGGACAUCGUUAUGGCCGAGCUGGUGAAUGCGGGCGAAGACGUUUUAGUCUUCUACAAUGAUCGCGCCUCCUUUCAAACGCUGGUCCAGAUGAUGCGAUCGGAACGGGAUCGCAUGGAUGAGAACAGUCCACUCAUGUACCACAUUCACCUGGUGGAGCUGUUAGCCGUCUGCACGGAGGGCAAAAACGUCUACACAGAAAUCAAAUGUAACUCGCUGCUACCGCUGGAUGACAUUGUGCGCGUGGUGACCAAUGAGGACUGCAUCCCAGAGGUCAAAAUUGCCUAUAUCAACUUCCUAAAUCACUGCUAUGUAGACACUGAGGUUGAAAUGAAGGAGAUCUACACUUCCAACCACAUGUGGAAACUCUUUGAGAACUUCCUUGUUGACAUUUGCAGAAUUUGCAACAAUACCAGCGAUCGUAAGCACGCCGACACCAUCCUGGAGCGCUACGUGACUGAGACGGUCAUGAGCAUUGUUACCACUUUUUUUAGCUCGCCUUUUUCUGACCAGAGCACCACCUUGCAGGUGGCCAUCAGUCAGAAUGCGUCUCUAUUUGGAAAAAUAUUCCAGACCCGACAGCCAGUCUUUGUGCAGCUGUUGCAGGCGGUGUUCAGGGUCUACCACUGCAACUGGUUGUUCCCCGUCCAGAAAGGCUCUGUAGAGAAUUGUAUUAAAGUCCUGUCAGAUGUCGCCAAAGGUAGAGCCAUCGCCAUUCCCGUGGACCUUGACAACCAAGUGAACAAUUUGUUUGUGAAAUCCAACAACAUUGUGCAGAAAACUGCAAUGAGCUGGAGACUGUCUGCUCGGAACGCCGCCCGGAGAGACUCUGUGGUGACGGCGUCACGGGACUACAGGAAUAUCAUUGAACGGCUGCAGGACAUUGUGUCAGCAUUGGAGGACCGCCUGCGUCCGUUGGUCCAAGCCGAAUUGUCUGUCCUUGUGGAUGUGUUGCAUCGGCCUGAGCUCCUUUUCCCAGAAAACACUGACUCGCGCAAAAAGUGUGAAAGCGGAGGUUUCAUCUGCAAGCUGAUCAAACAUACCAAGCAGCUGCUGGAGGAAAAUGAGGAGAGACUUUGCAUUAAAGUUCUGCAAACACUUCGAGAGAUGAUGACUAAAGACCGUGGGUAUGGUGAGAAGCUCAGGGCCUUUGAUGAUGAGAUGGAUAUGCCUAAGCAGCUGGAUCAGAACCAGCCUGAGAAGUUGUUGGAGGACCAGAAAAGGGGCGAGGCACUGAGGCAGAUUCUGGUGAACCGUUACUAUGGCAACUUCCAUCGGAGUGGAGGGCGGAGGGACAGCUUGGCGUCAUUCGGCAGUGGCCCCCUCAGCCCUGUAGGACCCAGCAAAAAACAGACAGUGCUAGGGGGCCCUGGGGGCCUGAGUCGUGGGGAAAUGAGCCUAGCGGAGGUGCAGUGCCACCUGGACAAAGAAGGAGCCUCUGAUCUGGUGAUUGACCUCAUCAUGAACACCACCAGUGACAGAGUUUUCCAGGAAAGCAUUCUCCUGGCUAUUGCUUUGCUGGAGGGCGGAAACACCACCAUCCAGCGUUCAUUUUUCUGCCGCCUGACAGAGGACAAAAAGUCGGAAAAGUUCUUUCGUGUUUUCUACGACCGCAUGAAGCUGGCGCAACUGGAGAUCAAAGCUACAGUGACCGUAAAUACCAGUGAUCUCGGUAAUCGGAAGAGAGAUUAUGACAACCAAGACAAAGACACCCCAGUCCGAAAAAAAGCAAGAGAAUCAUCAGUCGUCAUGACAGAAGAAGUGCGGGAGCAACUACUUGAGGCCUCGUCUGCCACCAAGAAAGCUUUUAACUCUUAUCGGCGGGAAGCUGACCCAGAGGACCACUUCACCUCCGCAGAUGGCCAACCAAGCGCUGGGGACAAGAAUCAGGACGAAGGGGAAAUGAGCUACGUCAUCGUUAUCAUGCAGCCCAUCCUUCGUUUCCUGCAGCUACUUUGUGAGAAUCACAACCGUGACCUGCAGAACUUCCUUCGCUGUCAAAACCAUAAGAACAACUACAACCUGGUGUGUGAGACCCUUCAGUUCUUGGACUGCAUCUGUGGCAGCACCACAGGAGGUCUGGGCUUGUUAGGGCUAUACAUCAACGAAAAGAACGUAGCCCUCAUCAACCAAACUCUCGAGAGCCUCACAGAGUACUGCCAAGGUCCCUGCCAUGAAAACCAGAAUUGCAUUGCCACUCACGAGUCCAAUGGUAUUGACAUCAUUAUUGCUCUGAUCCUUAAUGACAUCAACCCGCUUGGAAAGAAGCGGAUGGAUCUGGUGUUGGAGCUGAAGAACAACGCGUCCAAGUUGCUGCUCGCCAUUAUGGAGAGCCGUCAUGACAGCGAGAAUGCUGAGAGGAUCCUGUACAACAUGAGACCGAAAGAGCUUGUGGAGGUGAUCAAAAAAGCCUAUCUGCAGGGAGAGGUGGAAUUCGAAGACACAAAGGAGGAGGAGGAUGAUGGGGAUGAUGAGGAACAUGAUGCGGCAUCUCCCAGAAAUGUGGGACACAACAUUUAUAUCUUGGCUCACCAGCUGGCGCGUCACAAUAAGGAGCUGUCCAUUAUGUUAAAACCCGGAGGAGCCACCAGCGAUGGAGAUGAGUCCUUGGAGUUUUACGCCAACCACACUGCUCAGAUCGAGAUUGUGCGCCAGGACCGCACCAUGGAGGAGAUUGUGUUCCCGGUACCCAACAUCUGUGAAUUCUUGACCUCAGAGUCCAAGCUUCGGGUCUAUUACACCACAGAGAGAGACGAGCAAGGCAGUAAGAUCAACGAUUUCUUCCUGCGAGCAGAGGACCUCUUCAGUGAGAUGAAUUGGCAGAAGAAGCUCCGAGCCCAGCCGGUGUUGUACUGGUGUUCCAGAAAUAUUUCAGUUUGGAGCAACGUUUCCUUCAAUCUGGCUGUGCUCAUGAACCUGCUCGUCUGCUUUUUCUACCCGUUGGAGGGGAUACAUGGAGGAACGCUGGACACCCACCUGUCUGCACUGCUGUGGAUGGGAGUCUUGACAACACUCAUUAUUGUGAUCAUCAUGCCCCAACCGAUGGGUAUCCGAGCUCUUGUCAUCAUCACAAUCCUUCGUCUCAUCUUCUCAGUUGGCCUGGAGCCUACUCUGUUCCUCCUUGGGGCCUUCAAUGUGUGUAAUAAAAUCAUCUUCCUGAUGAGUUUUUUGGGGAACCGUGGCACCUUCAGUCGGGGCUACAGAGCCAUGGUGAUGGACUUUGAGUUCCUCUACCACUUCAUCUACUUGCUCAUCUGCAGCCUGGGGGUGUUUGUUCAUGUCUUCUUCUACAGUCUGUUGUUGUUUGAUCUGGUAUAUCGAGAAGAGACCUUGCUGAAUGUCAUCAAGAGCGUGACGCGCAACGGACGUUCCAUCGUGUUGACCGCGGUGCUCGCGCUCAUCCUGGUCUACUUGUUCUCCAUCGUCGGCUAUAUUUUCUUCAAAGAUGACUUUAUCCUGGAAGUGGAUCGCAUUCCCAACACAACACUAAAAAAUGGAGCCAGCAUAGCCAAUGAGUUUCUGUCGACUAGAAUAUGUCACGCUGGAGUUGAUGAAAACUGCACUGCCGGGAGCGUGCAUGAAGAUGUGGACAGUGACGAUUCACAGGAUAGCGACAUGGAGCGGACAUGUGACUCUCUCCUCAUGUGUAUUGUCACUGUUCUGAGUCACGGCUUGAGGAGCGGAGGGGGUGUAGGCGAUGUUCUCCGCAAGCCUUCUAAAGAGGAGCCACUGUUUGCAGCCAGAGUGAUAUACGACCUGUUGUUCUUCUUCAUGGUUAUCAUCAUCGUCCUAAACCUCAUUUUUGGCGUCAUCAUCGACACCUUUGCGGACCUGAGGAGUGAAAAGCAGAAGAAAGAAGAAGUCUUGAAGACCACCUGCUUCAUAUGUGGCUUGGAGAGGGACAAAUUUGACAACAAGACGGUGACGUUUGAGGAGCACAUUAAAGAGGAGCACAACAUGUGGCAUUACCUCUUCUUCAUCGUGUUGGUGAAAGUAAAAGAUUCGACUGAGUACACAGGCCCUGAGAGCUACGUGGCUGAGAUGAUCAAGGAGCACAACCUCGACUGGUUUCCAAGGAUGCGCGCCAUGUCUCUGGUGAGCAGCGAUGCAGAGGGCGAGCAGAACGAAAUCAGGAGUCUCCAGGAGAAGUUGGAGUCCACCAUGAGGCUGGUGGCCAACCUAUCUGGACAAUUGACUGAGCUCAAGGAGCAGAUGACUGAGCAAAGGAAGCAGAAGCAGAGAAUUGGUCUUCUUGGUCAACCGCAUCACAUGAACAUCAACCCCCAGCAACCUGCUUGAGGUCCUUUUGCACAGUACUUUCGCCUUUUCCAUUUCUUACAAAGAAAUAUCAAAAUGUGCCACUUAGCGUCGUGCAUUUAGGUUGAGGAAGUACGACGAUUGUAUGACUUCACCAGGCACUCUUAGUUACAAGUACAGUGCAAAUGUGAAGCGAAAAUUACCGGAGUAUGUUACUCAUUGUCUGCAGAGUGCAUUUAACGUGUGUGCCGUGUCCAUCAAGUGCCUCAGUACUUGGGAAGCCAAACAUGUUUGGUUUAGGAGAUGAAUACACUGAUUUUAGCUGUGCUACCCUUUGGCAUUCUACCCUUCUGACAGCAAGUGGUCGCUAAGGGAGAGUUCCUUUCAUGUGGCCUUGUAUCGGGGGUUUUCCUUCCCCCCCAUGUUGCUCCAGCAAACUCGGGUCACACGGAUUUACAGGUUUGCUUACAUUUCACAUUUACAUGCACGCUAAUGUAAAGCAAUAAGAGAGCUUCACAAUAUGCAAUGCCUGUAUAGGGAAAACUAUUUUGGGAUUUGGGAUCUACUUUUAUAUUUAUUAUUGUUUGUACGAUCAUUUAUUUAAAAAAAAAAACGAAA